UUUGGCUCCGGUGAUGUUCGAAUUAAAAGCGAUGAGUUUAUCGAAGAUUUGGAAGAUGACGAAACAUAUAUGCAUACACUGGUGCUACAUGCAUUGCAAAUGAUGAUUUUGGUGAAGCGUGUCUUAGCACCGCUCAAUGUUCAGCUGGCAAGCAUUUAUGAUCAGGCGCUUGACAUCACCGUAAUGCGUAUGGUUAAUCGGCUUGCGAGAGUUUCGAAGACGCUAAAAUUGCAUACUCUUCACGUAGCCUGUGAAGACAUUGACAUACCGAUAACAAAUCGAUUCCCAUGUCCAGUUAUCAUCAAGAUGCUUCUGCUGGCCGGAAUGGACGUUAAUGAAAAGGAUUCUGCAGGUAACACUCCACUACAUGCGAUGAUGUUGAGCGGAAAAGCACGAAUUGCAGCGAUGAAAGUACUCCUUGAACAUGGCGCAGCACUGUUGGCACGAAAUAACAACAACGAAACGUGUCUGGAUUUGAUCAUUGCGAAAUUGCCUCGUGCUGUCGAGCAGUUGGAGCUGUUUGAUCGCGUCUCGCUUUUGGAACGUUGUGCCAGCGUUGUACGGCGCAGUUGGCGUGAAGAGGAUUAUCAGGAAAUUGUGCCUUGUCAACUUUGGCCAAUGCUAUCACUUCACUGA